AUGCUGCAGAGCCAGCGCCGCUCACGCUGUACUUCGGUGAGACGACGACGGACAGGCGGACCGACCCCAUCCAGGACCGGGGGGCUGCCUGUCACCCCCAGCCGUCCCCGAGCGCUCGCUCGCUCGCCCACUCACUCACUGUUAAAUGCCGUCCGGAGCCUGGCGGCAGUGACCCAAGCUCCGGCGGCUCGUGUCGCCGUCCCUGUCGGUGUCGGUGUCCGUGUCCCUGUCGGUGUCCGUGUCCCUGUCAGCGUCCCCGGUCCCGGCUCCCGCCGCACCUCAAACCCGCCGCCACCGCCCCGCGGCCGUUUGUGCCCGCCCCCCCCACGCGGCCCGCAGAGCGCUGAUUGGCCCGACUGCUACGCCGCUCGCCACGCCCCCUUCGCCAUACCACCAAUGAGAGCGCGCCGCUGGGCCGCUGCCCCUCACGACUGGCUGGUUCGGAAGCGUUCAAACUCCAUUGGAGGCGGCGGCGCAGGGGCGGGGCGGCCCCGGAGGCUUUUUUGCCCGCAGUUGGGCGGGGCGGCCCCGAAGGGCGGUGCCCACAGUUGGGCGGAGCGAGCGGCGGGGCGGGAAGGAUGGAGCGAGAUUGGGAUGGGGAGGAGGAAAGCGCAGCGGCUGUCGGGGUGUAACGGCUGUUCACAGAACAGCAGUGGAGCAGGAACUAGUAGAAGAAUGGAAAUUCCUCACCAAGUACUGCCAAAUUAUUUGUGAAAGCUGAGGACCAGUCUGAACAGAAGGGGAUCCCGCACUUGACAAACAGCAAAUGUUCUCUUAUGGAACAAAACCAGAAGGGAAAGAAAGGAAAAGAAUGUCCAAUGAGAAAAUCUCACCCUGCUUAGAUACUACAAGAAGCAGAAACCAGAUGGAGCUUUUCCCCCAUAUUCUUCCCUGCCAGACUCAGAAUACAUCAGGACAACUCUCCCAGUGGUUCAUUGCUGCCAUCUGCAUGAUUGCCCUUCAGAAGUCUGAGUUUUGCUUCUUUGUUUGCCCCUCUAUUCUAGGUUUUUGAUCAUUUAUCAUGGCUACUCUUGCUAUGCCUAUUCUGCAACUUGAACACCCCAUUCCUUUGAACUACAUAUAUUAAAGGUUUGAGAUUGUA